AUGUCAAGCAUUUCUGGACAAUCCCAAGCAAAUUCCGAUAAUAAGCAGUUGCUUCAAAAAGCGAUAGAAGACGGUUAUGUUAAAUGUAUUAGUUAUUCAAAGUUUACCAAUGUACAACCAAUAGCCCAAGGUGGGUACGGUGAAAUCAGCUACGCCGACUGGGAAACGGGUGGUAUCAAAUUACCCGUGGCGCUUAAAAGUAUAAAGCCUUAUAGUGAUGAUUCUCAAGGCAAGAAUAGAGAUAAGUAUGGAGAGUUUAAAAAAGAGGAUGAUUUUUGCUUUAACACAUUAGUAAUUCCGGAUUUUGAUGCGCGCGAGAUUCCAAUUCCUAACACUCCGAAACGUUAUGUGGAACUCUAUACUGCAUGUUGGGAUAGUAAUCCAGAAGUUCGACCGCCAAUUAAGACGAUUAUGAUAGUACUUGAAGAACUGGAAAAAAUCGAAUGGUCUGAGAAAAAUGUGUCUAUUCAUUCUGAUACGAAAAUAAACACUUUGGUUGAUGCUGAAGAGAAUUAUGAGAAGGUAUCUCAGUUUAAAGAACGGGAUAUGGAAGGUAUAAUUGAAUUUAUUAAAAAGGGGAAUAUUGAAGCAUUAAGAGUAUCAGUAAACUCUUUCCCAAAGGAUGAAAAUAUUCAAAUUGACUUAAAGAAACUGGACAAAACUAUCACUGAUGUUACUAAUAACAAUAUGGGUGAAAAAAACAGAGAAAAAAAUAAAAUGAUAUUCAAACAAGUAGUCAUUUUAAUUGCUUUGCGUAUUAUGAAAGACUAUAAAUUCUCCAAUGGCCAAGAAUAUAACCCUCUUCAUUACCUUUGUGGUAUUUAUAUUCAUCUUGGUAUUCCGAUCAAGGAACGAUUUAAUUUCUUCACAUCAACUAUUAUAAACCUUGAAGAAUUAGGAAUAAAAGACCUCACAAUUACUGUGAUCAAUAACUACAAUGGUGCAAGUCAGAUUACUAACAAGUUAAAUAUCGUUUCUCCUAGUGACCUGGGAACAAACACAACAUUAAAUAAAACUGGUCUUAACUCAUUUAAUGGAACAGAUUUAGUUAUUCCAAACAAAAUGGUAAUAAAUAUCAAUACACUCAAUGAGUUUGAUAUGUCACCUUUUUUAUGGGUCCUUCAUGAAAAGCCACUUAACAAGCAUUUGCUUGUAUGGCUUGGAGAAAAAGGAGGUCGUCCUAUAUCUGAAAAAGUCUUUUGCAACUAUUUAGUGGAAAACAUGCUUCAAAAUUGGAAAAUAAAUGAUUUAAAGGAUGUUGCGGCUAUAUUUUAUCAUUACGAAAUUAAAAUCAUAAGUAAUGAAUUUGAACAAUUAGUUUUGCAUAAAUAUAUUGCAAAAGAUGGUACAUUACAUCAACUUGAGAUGUUGUUUGGUUAUUUCUGGGAUUAUUAUAAUGAUCAAAAAAUAGUAAAUGAGGCUUUGAAAUAUGCAAAAGGCAAAAACCAAACUUAUCUUAAGGAAUUAAGUGAGAAUUUUGAUGAAAGGAAGUUGAAACUUAAAGAUCAUCUUGAUGAAUUAGUCGUACCUUUGUUAUCAAGUUUGAAAACAAAUCGAAUAUGA